GGCGUCCUUACCCUGAUUGCCAUCUCCACCUGUCGCGUACUAGAUGAUGGUACGGAACCUUUCGUGUGCAAGUCCGACUCGCACUUGGCCGAUGUUUAACUGAUCGUUUUGGAGCGAGGCGUGAAGGGACGCAGCUGUGUCGCGGCCGAUAAUGAAUUCCAAUUUCAUAGCCGCUGCACUCACAUCGCGUUACUUGCUCGUUACCCAUCUUACCACGCGUUUAACGCUGGCUGAACCAGCUACAGAGCUCGAACACUAUUAGAAUGGCAAAGGUUGCCUGGUAGAGAUUGCUCCAAGCAAUAAGGCCGCCUUUGCGCACAAUUGUUUUUUCUGUUUUCUUCUUUCUGUGUUGUGUUCCUUUACAUGUGUUUUUGUGUGCAAUAAAGUGUUCUAUCUAUCUAGAAUGGACUUUACGAUAUGGCCUGCGGGGUGAUUUGCUAACUCAGUGUCUAAAAGCAUAGUUAUGGUACGUAACGAGUAAUUUGCGUGCCGGAUGGAACGGGACGAUUUCUUGUCAUCGUUGCUAAUAGGUAGUAGUUCAAAAAAUCAUACGUUACGUAUGCUAUGACCUUUACACUGAAUGAUAGCCAUCCUGUAGCCACCGAGCUCAUUUGACAUUAUUAAUUAGUUGGUUCUAUGUUACUGCUUCAUUGAAUGAUAUUAAAAUAUUUCUUCUUAGGAAGCCUUCAAUGGAUAAAUAAAUAUCAAAUGAGCUUUGUGGUUAUCAUUCAGUGGACACCAUUUAGCGAAUCAGUAGGCUGGUCUUCUGGGGCAACUCAGUGAGCAUAGGGGGUUUAUUUAUUUGACAGAAGUGUAUUAUGGCAAUUUGUGGAGCCGGCACCCUAUAGUCUUCAGGCAGGGUGCUAAAUUCGUUUUUUUUUUUCAUUUUCAUGGCGGCCAUUUUGAAAUUUUUGAUUUCUGUUUCGUUUAUUCAAAAAAUUAUAAACUCUCUCGCUGCCAUACACCCUUCCGUUUGUGCACUUUAUGACUGGGCACGUUGUAUUUUUUAAGUUUGUCCGCUCUAUUAAUAAACUAACUCUAUAUCAAAGACUGGAUACUAUAAAAAUCAGUCCAAGGAUUCAACCCCUUUCAUUCCUCCAUAGAACACUAAGUUAAGAUGAACUCAAAUCAUCAUCAAACUAUAAAAAUAUGCGAAAAGAAAAUCAAACUAGCUGAGCUGAAAUUGAGUAAAGUUCUACAUAAGAUAGAGAGUUUGAAACUCAAUAAUUAUUUCAUUUCUCGUUUAGACACUUCGAGUUGUAAGAGAAAUUGGAAUUUUCUUAAAGUCGCAAAUGUUAAACAUGUCUUGGUAGUUAUAAUUGCUGUUUUAGUGAUUGGCUGUUGGUGGAUUUAUUCAGAAUCGUUGAUUACGGGAUGUUUCCUCAAACUCCCGUACGAGUCAAAGUCUCUGUUCCGCGCCCCGGAGGACUGCUCCAUGUGCGUGGGCGUUAGUGACGUCACCCGCCUCUCCAACAUCAGCGCCGAGGAGUUCGAAGACCGAUACGCGUACACCACGCAGCCCGUCAUUGUGACCGAUGCUACGACCGACUGGAAAGCUAUGGAACAAUUCAAUUUCCAAUUUUUCGCCAACUUCUACCGGAACAACAAGAUGGGGCGACGCAUCAACGAGUGCUUCUACUUCUCAUACAAGUCGGGCUUGCGGUCGCUGGACGAGGUGUUCCGUAUGGACGAGCAACGCGCUAAUCUCUCUGGUGAUCCGUGGUACGUGGGUUGGAGCACGUGCCACGAGGAGGAGACGCGCGCGCUGCGGCGGUUCUACACGCGGCCAUACUUCCUGCCGCGCACUGCCGAGAGCGACAUGCUGGACUGGGUGUUCAUGGGCGGGCCGGGGCAGGGCGCGCAUAUGCAUGUGGACUCGGUGCGCCACAUGUCGUGGCAGGCGCAGGUCCGCGGCCGCAAGCAGUGGCAGCUGGCGCCUCCUCCCGAGUGCCUCUACUCCUGUUCCUGGAUCACCUUCACCGUCGAGCCGGGAGAGAUCCUGGUGGUGGACACCAACCGAUGGUACCACAAGACGAGCGUGCUGCCCGGAGACAUCAGCAUCACCAUAGGAGCAGAAUACGACUGACUUCAUACCAUCUAUUCAUUUUUAUGAUUUCGUACCCGAAGGGUUCCAAUGGGACCCUAUUACUCCGCUGUCCGUUUGUUUGUCAGCGAGCUGAAUCUUUUAAACCGGUAGAACAGAAUAAUAAAAAAUCAAAAUGGCUGCCAUGAAAAUUAGUGUUAUUUCUUGUACGACGGUACGGAACCUUUGUGUGUGAGUUAAACUCGCAAUUGACCCAUUUUUUAUUUUUGUCCAACUAU